AUGUUUCCUACACGCGCCCUCCUCGCCUCAGCUCGACUGACGCUUUUCACUCGCGCAGGCUGUGGCCUAUGCGACACCGCCAAAAACACCGUACUUCAGCUCCAGAAACGUCGAUCCUUCGAGUACGUCGAGCAGGAUAUUAUGGACUCGGGGAAUAAGCAAUGGAAGGAUGUUUACGAGUUCGAUGUGCCCGUCCUACAUGUCCAGUCUGUGAACGAUGGCUUGCCGAAGGCGGCUGAUCUGUCUGAUGCUAGGAAACUGUUCCAUCGAUGGACGGAGCAGGAAGUCGAGCGGUCUGUUGAGGAGGCGGAGAAGCAGUAUUCCUGA